CGGGGCGCCUGGAGGCGGUCGGGCCGCACUCUCCGAGCCCAGAGCAGCGGAGAGACCGCGCGGCGGGGCUUGGGGCGGAGACGCGGUGUCGGGGCCGAGGUGGGCCGAGAGCAGCCGCAGCCCGAGCGGCCGGAGCCGCGCCGGGUCCCUCCCCAGGGACGUCGAGGCCGGGCGGGCCUGGGCCAUGCGCGCAGCUCGCUGAGGCCGAGGGAGGCCGCGAUGGAGGCGCCGGCGACCGAGCCCCCGGUCCCGGGCUGCGGUCCCCAGCCCGCGCCCGCACCCGCGCCCGCCCCGGAGAGGAAAAAGAGCCACCGCGCGCCGUCGCCGGCCCGGCCCAAAGACGUGGCCGGCUGGUCGCUGGCUAAGGGCCGCCGCGGCCCAGGCCCGGGCACAGCCGUCGCCUGCAGCGCCGCGUCCUCCGCACGGCCGGACAAGAAGGGGCGCGCGGUGGCGCCCGGGGCACGGGGCGCGGGGGCGCGGGUGGCUGGGGUCCGCACCGGGGUCCGUGCCAAGGGCCGUCCGCGGCCGGGUGCGGGGCCGCGACCGCCACCGCCACCUCCCAGCCUCACGGAUAGCAGCUCGGAGGUGUCGGACUGCGCGUCGGAGGAAGCGCGCCUGCUGGGCCUGGAGCUGGCGCUGAGCAGCGACGCCGAGUCCGCGGCCGGAGGCCCUGCGGGGGUCCGCACAGGGCAGCCGGCCCAGCCGGCGCCUUCGGCGCAGCAGCCCCCGCGGCCGCCCGCCUCCCCGGACGAGCCGUCGGUGGCUGCGUCGUCGGUGGGCAGCAGCCGCCUGCCGCUCAGCGCCUCGCUCGCCUUCUCCGACCUCACCGAGGAGAUGCUGGACUGCGGGCCCGGCGGUUUGGUGCGGGAGCUGGAGGAGCUGCGCUCGGAGAACGACUAUCUCAAGGAUGAGAUUGAGGAGCUGCGGGCCGAGAUGCUGGAGAUGCGAGACGUCUAUAUGGAGGAGGACGUGUAUCAGCUGCAGGAGCUGCGACAGCAGCUGGACCAGGCCAGCAAGACCUGCCGCAUCCUGCAAUACCGGCUGCGCAAAGCUGAGCGCCGCAGUCUCCGUGCCGCCCAGACUGGCCAGGUGGACGGCGAGCUUAUCCGUGGUCUGGAGCAGGAUGUCAAGGUCUCUAAGGACAUCUCCAUGCGGCUGCAUAAGGAACUCGAGGUGGUGGAGAAGAAACGGGCGCGGCUGGAGGAGGAGAACGAAGAACUUCGUCAGCGGCUCAUCGAGACUGAGCUGGCUAAGCAGGUGCUACAGACAGAGCUGGAGCGACCGAGAGAGCAUUCCUUGAAGAAAAGAGGAACCCGCUCCCUGGGGAAGGCCGAUAAGAAGCCUUCAGUGCAGGAGGACAGUGCGGACCUGAAGUGCCAGCUGCACUUUGCAAAGGAGGAGUCGGCCCUCAUGUGCAAGAAGCUCACUAAGCUUGCCAAGGAGAACGACAGCAUGAAGGAGGAGCUGCUGAAGUACCGCUCGCUCUAUGGGGACCUGGACAGUGCGCUGUCAGCCGAGGAGCUGGCGGAUGCCCCCCACUCGCGGGAGACCGAGCUGAAGGUGCACCUGAAGCUGGUGGAGGAGGAAGCCAAUCUGCUGAGCCGCCGCAUUGUCGAGCUGGAGGUGGAGAACCGAGGCCUGCGGGCUGAGAUGGACGACAUGAAGGAUCACGGAGGUGGCUGUGGGGGUCCUGAGGCACGCCUGGCCUUCUCCGCGCUGGGUGGCAGCGAAUGCGGGGAGAGCUUGGCAGAGCUGCGGCGACACCUGCAGUUCGUGGAAGAGGAGGCUGAGCUGCUGCGGCGCUCUUCUGCCGAGCUUGAGGACCAGAACAAGCUGCUGCUGAACGAGCUGGCCAAGUUCCGCUCGGAGCACGAGCUGGACGUGGCGCUGUCGGAAGACAGUUGCUCCGUGCUCAGCGAACCUUCGCAGGAGGAGCUGGCGGCCGCCAAGCUGCAGAUCGGCGAGCUCAGCGGCAAGGUCAAGAAGCUGCAGUACGAGAACCGCGUGCUCCUCUCCAACCUCCAGCGCUGCGACCUCGCCUCCUGCCAGAGUACGCGGCCCAUGCUGGAGACGGACGCCGAGGCCGGGGACUCUGCCCAGUGUGUGCCUGCUCCCCUGGGCGAGACACACGAGUCCCAUGCGGCCCGCCUCUGCAGAGCCAGGGAGGCUGAGGCGCUGCCUGGGCUGAGGGAGCAGGCCGCCCUGGUCAGUAAGGCCAUCGAUGUCCUGGUGGCUGAUGCCAAUGGCUUCUCGGCUAGCCUCCGACUGUGUCUGGACAAUGAGUGUGCUGACUUCCGGCUGCAUGAGGCCCCGGACAACAGCGAGGGCCCCAGGGACACCAAGCUCAUCCAUGCCAUCCUGGUGCGCCUGAGCAUGCUGCAGCAGGAGCUGAACGCCUUCACGCGGAAGGCAGACGCAGUCCUCGGGGACUCUGUCAAGGAGCAGCAGGAGUCCUUCUCAUCACUGCCCCCCUUGGGCUCCCAGGGGCUCUCCAAGGAGAUUCUUCUGGCAAAAGACCUUGGCUCAGACUUUCAGCCACCUGACUUCAGGGACCUGCCGGAAUGGGAACCCAGGAUCCGAGAGGCCUUCCGCACUGGUGACUUGGACUCUAAGCCCGACCUCAGCCGGAGCUUCAGGCCUUACCGAGCUGAAGACAAUGAUUCCUAUGCCUCUGAGAUCAAGGAGCUGCAGCUGGUGCUGGCUGAGGCCCACGACAGCCUCCGGGGCUUGCAAGAGCAGCUCUCCCAGGAGCGGCAGCUGCGAAAGGAGGAGGCCGACAAUUUCAACCAGAAAAUGGUCCAGCUGAAGGAGGACCAGCAGAGGGCGCUCCUGAGGCGGGAGUUUGAGCUGCAGAGUCUGAGCCUCCAGCGGAGGCUGGAGCAGAAAUUCUGGAGCCAGGAGAAGAACAUGCUGGUGCAGGAGUCCCAGCAGUUCAAGCACAACUUCUUGCUGCUCUUCAUGAAGCUCAGGUGGUUCCUCAAGCGCUGGCGGCAGGGCAAAGUUUUGCCCAGCGAGGGGGAUGACUUCCUCGAGGUGAACAGCAUGAAGGAGCUGUACCUGCUGAUGGAGGAAGAGGAGAUAAACGCUCAGCAUUCUGAUAACAAGGCCUGCACGGGAGACAGCUGGACCCAGAACACGCCCAAUGAGUACAUCAAGACACUGGCCGACAUGAAGGUGACGCUGAAGGAGCUGUGCUGGCUUCUCCGGGAUGAACGCCGUGGUCUGACGGAGCUUCAGCAACAAUUUGCUAAGGCCAAGGCUACCUGGGAGACAGAGCGGGCAGAGCUCAAGGGCCAUACCACCCAGAUGGAGCUGAAGGCGGGGAAGGGGGCUGGGGAGCGGGCAGGGCCCGACUGGAAGGCAGCCCUACAGAGGGAGCGUGAGGAGCAGCAGCACCUCCUGGCUGAGUCCUACAGCGCUGUCAUGGAGCUGACGCGGCAGCUGCAGAUCAGCGAGCGCAACUGGAGCCAGGAGAAGCUGCAGCUGGUGGAGCGGCUGCAGGGUGAGAAGCAGCAGGUGGAGCAGCAGGUGAAGGAGCUGCAGAACCGCCUAAGCCAGCUGCAGAAGGCUGCGGACCCCUGGGUCCUGAAGCACUCGGAGCUGGAGAAGCAGGACAACAGCUGGAAGGAGACACGCAGUGAGAAGAUCCACGACAAGGAAGCUGUUUCCGAAGUUGAGCUUGGAGGAAACGGGUUAAAGAGAACCAAAUCUGUUUCCUCCAUGUCUGAGUUUGAAAGUUUGCUCGACUGUUCCCCUUACCUUGCUGGCGGAGACGCCCGAGGCAAGAAGCUGCCUAACAACCCUGCCUUUGGCUUUGUGAGUUCUGAGCCUGGGGAUCCAGAAAAAGACACCAAGGAGAAGCCUGGGCUCUCAUCGAGGGACUGCAACCACCUGGGUGCCCUGGCCUGCCAGGACCCCCCAGGGAGGCAGAUGCAGCGCAGCUACACAGCUCCCGACAAGACGGGCAUCCGAGUCUACUAUAGCCCCCCGGUGGCCCGGCGCCUGGGAGUCCCUGUGGUUCAUGACAAAGAGGGCAAGAUCAUUAUCGAGCCCGGCUUCCUCUUCACCACAGCCAAGCCCAAAGAGUCGGCUGAGGCUGAUGGGCUGGCUGAGAGCUCCUAUGGUCGGUGGCUCUGCAACUUCUCACGGCAGCGCCUAGACGGAGGCUCAGCCAGCAGCCCCUCAGCAGCCGGGCCUAGCUUCCCAGCGGCCCUGCAUGACUUCGAGAUGUCAGGCAACAUGAGUGAUGACAUGAAGGAGAUCACCAACUGCGUGCGCCAGGCCAUGCGCUCCGGCUCGCUGGAGAGGAAAGUGAAGAGCACGUCCAGCCAGACGGUGGGCCUGGCCAGUGUGGGCACACAGACCAUCCGCACGGUCAGCGUGGGCCUGCAGACCGACCCACCCCGCAGCAGCCUCCACGGCAAGGCCUGGUCACCUCGAAGCUCUUCACUCGUGUCUGUGCGCAGCAAGCAGAUCUCCUCCUCCCUGGACAAGGUCCAUUCACGCAUCGAGCGGCCCUGCUGCUCCCCCAAGUAUGGCUCGCCAAAGCUCCAGAGGCGGUCUGUGUCCAAGCUGGAUAGCAGCAAGGACCGCAGCCUGUGGAACCUGCACCAGGGCAAGCAGAACGGCUCGGCCUGGGCCCGCUCCACCACCACGCGGGACAGCCCUGUAUUGAGAAACAUCAAUGAUGGACUCUCCAGCCUCUUCAGUGUGGUGGAGCACUCAGGGAGCACGGAGUCUGUCUGGAAACUGGGCAUGUCUGAGACGCGGGCCAAGCCCGAGCCUCCCAAGUAUGGCAUUGUGCAGGAGUUCUUCCGUAAUGUGUGCGGCCGGGCACCAAGCCCCACCUCGGCAGCAGGAGAGGAGGGCACCAAGAAGCCAGAACCCCUCUCCCCAGCCAGCUACCAUCAGCCGGAGGGUGUGGCCAGGAUCCUGAACAAGAAGGCAGCCAAGUCGGUCAGCAGCGAGGAGGCCAGACUCACCAUGCUCCCCCAGGUGGGGAAGGAUGGUGUCCUCCGGGACGGAGAUGGAGCCGUGGUCCUUCCCAGUGAGGAUGCUGUUUGUGACUGUAGCACCCAGUCUCUCACCUCCUGCUUCGCCCGUUCGUCCCGCUCUGCCAUCCGCCACUCUCCUUCCAAGUGCAGGCUGCACCCUUCAGAGUCCAGCUGGGGUGGGGAGGAGAGGGCACUCCCCCCCAGCGAGUGACCGAGCAGCCAAAUUCCCCGCCUCAACCAGCCAAGCCCCUGGAUAGCAGAAGGGAACCAGCGGAGAUGAGACGAGGUGAGGCGAGGGGCUGUGUCCUCAGCAUUGCCUGGCCCUGGAGGGACAGCAGCGAUGCCACUGCCAGAAUGCAGCUUUCAUAUCAAGGUAAAGCCGGGUCUCCUGCUGGCCCCUGGGUGGUUAGCUCCGACUUCCCAGGGGAAGGCAGUGAGUGGGAGAGAGACCAAAACUGGGCUUCCCAAGCAUCCACUGAGAGAUCCGUCAAGAGCCGAUCCCUGGGUUCUAAGAGAGAGCCUUGCCUGGUUCUGCCCAUGCCUCCCUCUUGGAAGAGCCCAAGAAGGAUACAUGUCUGGCCAUGCCUUUGGGGAAAAGGAGUCAGAGAGAUGUUUCCUGCUGACCAUCCACCCCUUCAUUCAGGAGGAGACACUGCUGAGAAGAACAGGCUUUGCUCUAGGGCUCCAUGUUGGGUUCCUGGUGGAGCACUGCUGGGCAUCAUCACCAUCACCUCCUUCUCUCCACCACCUCCUCCUCCCAGGCCCACUGCUCUAGAUUGCUGGGACACUAGGGGGCAUGAUAGGGCAGUAGCCAGGGCCAAGUAUCUGCUUGGAGUCCUGGAGCCCUGGAUCUCCCUGCCCAUAGCCUGGCUGCAGCAAGAGCUGGGAGGCAAAGUGGAAAUCUGCAGGGCUCAGGGUUGGGGAGUGAUUGCAAUUGCCUUCCUUGCCAAAGUGACUUGGGACCCCAAUGUUCCCAGCAGACCCUUUGAGGAUAGAAAUAGGUAGAGUCAGUCUCAAGACCUGGUGCAUAGAUAAAUGCCUGAAUACACUGCCUUGAUCUUGAUCUCAGAGGCCUCUCCCUGGCACCCUAAGAGGGGGUAGGCACUACAUCUCCACUGUGUUUACAUCCUGCAGCUGGUAGGGGGGCAAAGAUAUUCCCAGUAAGAGACUCUUGGUUGGCCAGGUCAGGCCCAGGAGAACACCGAGAGGCCAGAGCCCAGGACACAGCAAUAGACUGGGGCCUGGAAACAUAUAUCUUGCCUAGAUUGUUUAUUUGAAUUUUUCAUACUAUAAAUAUUUAAGGUGAUUUACUUUAUUUUAAUAAUUUAAUUUACCCCAAAGUCCUUAAGGUAAUUUAUUGGAGGUUGAAACAUGCAUUCUUGCCACUGGGACAACAUGGGGCUUCUAAUGGCAUGGACAGCCACGGGGUCCCCCAGGUGGACAAGGCAGCUUGGCAGCCAGGUUUGGAGACCUGGUCUCCUGGUCAGUUUUGGAGGGCCCCUCAACAGAGCUGGAGCCCUGUACCCCAACACUGCUGGCCAUGUGGCCUCAGAACACUACUUAUUACUCAAUGCCUGGUACUUGGCCAACCCCAGCUGUCAGUCUGUAAAUACUCACUGACAAGGUGGAGGGCUGAACAGCCAUCACCACUCCCCAGACAUUCUCCUUGUCUGUCUCAUUUCCCUCCCUCCCUCUGACACCUUUCUUCAUGAGUUGAAUGUGGAUUACUAAGGCUCUAUCAAGAGCGUGGAGAUCCUUCCAAGUUUCCCAAAUGAGAACUCGCAGGAAAACAGGACUGAACUUUGAUAAUGUUGUUUAUCGCAGCUUUGCACAUGAACCUGAGUGUCUCCCAGCCUGCCUCGGUUCUCACCAGCCUGCCAGCCUUUUCACCAGCCUCUCUCCUUAGCCUUAUGGCCUUUCACGGCUCUUCUCCCUGCCCCAGCUCUGCUGCCUGCCCUUUCUCACGUCCUCCGUGAGCUGCCUGAGCUAUUGGUUGGAUUUCAACGUGGCUCAUUGCAGCAUGUUGGGGAGUGCCUCCCAUGGCCUCCCCUUGGUGCCGGUGAACCCCUUUUGGUUGCACACAUGCUCCCCCGACACACAUAGACAUGCAGCCUUCCUGUAACUGACUGGGGACCCAGAGUGGAAACACCAGGAUGGAUCAGCUUGUCUGCAGAAUUGCCCAUCAGGAAGACCAAAAGCCAGUAGCUUUGCUGAUUUGCCCCCAGGACUCUGGAGGCGCCCAUGCACUCCCACCUCCACCUGCCAGUUCCCAGACCCAUCCAUUCGGGAUCACCUGGACCAGUUACCCCAAGUCCUGCAUCUCCCUUCCCUGCAGGCUGAACACCAGGGUCAUGCCAGUCCCGCCAGCCACUUCCUCCAUGCCCCAGUGACUUGUGUGGGCAGAGCAGGCAGCCAGUGGAGCUGUGGGCCAGUUCCACUCUGGGAUGCUGCUGCUCUCACCCAUGAGGUCAGGGGGGCCCGCCAAGGUUAUCUCCAGGUGAGGGGAUUCACAUCAGGCCACAUGUCACCAGAGGCCUUCUGCCACCUCCCAGAGCGACAGAGAGCCAGGGAGGCUGCGUACCCAGCCUCGGGGAGAAAUCCCCGUGGGACAUGAGCCCCAAGACCUACGGACCACUCAGCCUUACCAUCAUACUAUCCAAGAUUGUCCUUGCCAUCUUCGUUGUCUCAGCCAGACCUUGGUUUUCCGUAAAGCCCCAGUUUCUACUUCCUGCAUGCCACUGUGCAAGGCCACUCAUCACUGUUCCUGCAGAAGCCUCCGGACGUGGGGCUGGAUGGGGUUGAAAACGUUACAUGUAAAUAUUGGUUUGGUUCGAUUUUUAGCAUUUUACUUGGUAACUGGUUGUGUUUUCUUUUUUGGGGUGGGGGGAUUGGUUUGUAAAAACUCUCUACUCUUUUAGAAUGUAAUUUCUAAGUUUGUUUCUUUCUUCAAAUGCCUUUUAAGUCUUGGUAACAUUCCCAAAGCAGAAAACUGCCUGACCCACAGUGGGGAUUCCCUGGAGAAUCGGGGUCCCAAGAAGGAAUGCUGCCCUUCUCGAACCCUUUCUCCCCCCUUCCUCCUGCCUCUCUGCCUUUUACUGCUAGCCCCUUCCUCCUCCUCCUUUAUCCUUCUUUCUCCUUUCCCCAUCUCCACUCUCUCUUCAACCAAAGUCCCAAGGAACCCUCGGGUCCCAAUCCCCCAUAGACCACUUGGCUUGGGUCCAUGGGGUUGGCACCAGUUGGUUGGGGGAAAUGGGGGACCAGUUGGCAUGAUUGGUCCUAAACUGGGAAACCUCAUGUUUCAUAUGUCUGACCUCUUUCCAGAGCCAAAUCAGCCCCUUUCGGAAUGAUGACUUCAUUGGAAUGCAAAUCAAGUCAUUUCGGUGCAUCAGUGGCUCUUAGACCUGCAUGCACGAGACAUCAGAAUCCAAUUCCCUGACCCUGUGCCAGCCCUUUCCCCCAGUUUAUUUCCCACCAAAGGCUGACCUUAAGAGGUCUUGCUUUCUAUGAACUCAAGAUGGAGCCCACCUGUAGGCAUCUCCAGGGGCACUGUUCUACAAGUUGGCUUCCGAUGUGACAAGGCCAAGGGCUCAAAGACCUGACCCUCUUACACCCUGUGCUGACAUGGUUCCAUCACGUCCACCCACAUGCACUUUUAUGGUUUCAUCACCCAGCCUCUUCUCCUCUGGCCCACCCAGCGUCCAGGCUCUUUCUUCCUCUCCCCUCCUAUCUAGAAUGUCCCCUGCUUCUAGCCUCACCAGACCCCCCAAGCUCCCACUACUUCUUCCUUAAUAAUAGUAAUAAUAAUUGUCAUCAUCAUCCCCUACACAUCCCACCUAAAGCACUUUACUAUUUAGAAAACGUGUCCCCUGGCUGGGCACGGUGGCUCACUCCUGUAAUCCCAGCUCUUUGGGAGACUGAGGUAGGCAGAUCACUUGAGGUCAGGAGUUCAAGGCCAGCCUGGCCAACGUGUUGAAACCCUGUCUCUACUAAAAGUACAAAAAAUGAGCUGAGUGUGGUGGUGCACACCUGUAAUCCCAGUUACUCGGGAGGCUGAGGUGGGAGAAUCGCUUGAGUCCAGGAGACAGAGGUUGUGGGAGCAGAGAUCGCGCCACUGCACUCCAGCCUGGAUGACAGAGUGAGACCCUGUCUCAAAAAAGAAAUCGUUUCCCACCCCACAUCUCCUUCAGACCUCUCAGGGACAACUCGUGGAGGCAGCCUUGGUAGGACAUGGGUUAGUGCACCCAUUUUGCAGAUGAGGAAACUGAGGCACAGUUCUCAUCCCAGAGCACAAGAAGUCACACUGAGUUUAGAUGAGAACUUGAGUCCAACUCUGUCCUGUUUGCUGUGCAAAUCCACUGCCCUACUGGGGGCUUUUUGUGGGUCCAGAAUACCCAGAAUAUGCUGCUGGCCAACCCAGGCAUAAAACAAGUCCAUUCUAGAUCACUGAGCCUGUGUAUGCCAGAGGGUGAUCUGAGGUCCCCAUUCAGCAGAAUUCUCUGAGGGCAUGUUCAGAAUGCAGAUUCCUGGACCCCACCUUGAAUCUGCAUGCUUAACAAACUCUCCUGGGGUUGGGGGGUGGGCGCAGCGGUCACACCUGUAAUCCCAGCACUUUCGGAGGCCGAGGUGGGUGAUCACUUGAGCUCAGGAGUUCGAGACCAGCCUGGCCAACCUGGUGAAACCCCGUCUCUACUAAAAAUACAAAAAUUAGCCAAGUGUGGUAGCACAUGCCUGUAAUCCCAGCUAUUCAGGAGACUGAGGCAGGAGAAUCACUCGAACCCCGGGGGGAGCAGAGGUUGCAGUGAGCUGAGAUUGUGCCAAUGUAUUCUAGCCUGAGCAACAGAACGAGUCUUGUCUCAAAAAACAAAACAAAACAAAACAAAAACUGCCCUCCCAGAGGGAUCCUGGGCACUAUUGGCCACACCAUUGGUGUUCUUGGCCCUGAUCAUUAGGCUAUCUUUCUUUUUUAAGUUUUUUUAAAUUUAGUUUUUAUUUUAUUUAUUUAUUUAUUAUUUAUUAUUAUUACUAUUAUUAUUAUUUUAGAGACGGGGGGUCUCCCUAUGUUGCCCAGGCUGGUUUCAAACUCCUGGGCUCAAGUGAUCUGCCCUUCUUAGCCUCCCAAAGUGCUGGGGUUCCAGGCAUCAGCCACCGUGCCAGGUCAUCUUCCUUUUUCUUUUUUUUUUUUUGAGACAGAGUCUUGCUCUGUCGCUCAGGCUGGAGUACAGUGGUGCCAUCUCGGCUCACUGCAGCCUCCACCUCCCUGGUUCAAGCAAUUCUCCUGCCUCAGCCUCCCAAGUAACUGGUAUUACAGGUGCGUGCCACCAUGCCUGACUAAUUUUUGUACUUUUAGUAGAGACAGGGUUUCACCAUGUUGGCCAGGCUGGUCUUGAACUCCUGACUUCAUGUGAUCCACCCACCUUGGCCUCCCAAAGUACUGGGAUUAUAGGCAUGAGCCACCACGUCCAGCCUUAUCUUUCUUUUAACCAAGAAACAUGAUGCCGUAUCUUAAAAAGAGCACUAAGCCCUGAGCAGGGACUUAAGGGAUCGAGUCCCCAACCAAACUGAUUUUCUUACUCAAAAAGGAUUUUCAAAAAGGAUCAGAGGCUAUUUACAAUAUUAGUCAGAGGGGUUCAAUAAAAUAAAAAUAGGAAGUAAAAAAAAAAGACAAAUUAUUAUCUAAAUCUAACUGGUGUAAUUCCUAUAAUCAUGCAAUUAAAUUUUACUCUUGAGUUUCCUGGCAGCCAUGGUAAAAAGAGAAACACAUCAGGAUUUAUAAUUUUCAUCAUCCAAUUAUGGGAAGCAGGCAUGUUUGCCCCAGGAGAUGAACUCUUCUACUAAUUUAUAGCAUGUAUCCUUUCAUCUAGGGCCACUGAGCCAGUUGGUGAGUCAACGGGUGAACCUAAGAUGCAAGGAUGUUUUCCAGGUGACUAUUUAAAAAGUAAAAAAUCCACCGACGUGAAUGACCUUGGCAAGAUCAUGUGGCUAGUCUAUACCUCAGUUUCCCCGUCUAUAAAGUGAGGAUAACGUCCCACCCCAUGUAACUGUGGUGAGGACCAACUGCAACACUGUGCCUGCGAGUCCCCUUGGAAAAGUGUCAGGUUCUACACAAAUGGAGAGUGGUCUGACCACACUCAGUGUCCCCAGCCCAGCCUUUCAGUGCCCUGGCCCUGGGGUGGGGGACAAUACCCUCCUUACCCCAUUCACUAGUCUUCAUGAAUAGCAAGGAGGCCAUAACAUAAUUUGGUCUAAACCCCUUCCUUUUUAAAAAAAUUAUGGCAAAAUAUGCAUAACAUUAAAUUUUCCAUUUUAAAGAUUUCUAAGUGGCUUGAAGUACAUUCACAAUGUGUAACCGCCACCUCCAGAACUUUUUCAUCACCCCAAACUGAAACUCUGUACCCACUAAACAAUAACUCCCCAUUCCCCCUGUCCCCAGCCCCUGGUAACCUCUAUUCUACUUUUUUUUUUUUCCUCUGUGGAUUAGCCUAUUCUAAGUAUCUCUUUUAAGUAGAAUCAUACAGUAUUUGUCCUUUUGUGUCCAGCGCCCUCAUUUUUUGAGAUAAGGAAUCAGGUCCAGAGAAGGCAGUGGCUCACCCAAGGUCACACAGCAAACCACAGGCAGAGCCAAGACCAGAACCCAGGUUUCCUGACUCCCAACAGGUCUUGCAUCCCCAGUAGUGAAUGAGACACUGCUUCGACUUUCUGUAAUCUUGGUUUAGCCCCUUCCUCUCUCUGGGCUCAGUCUGUUUCCUACCACUCACCCAUUCUUUCUUUAUCAUCUCCCUCCAAAGUCUCUUGUCCUCCUGCCUCCUUUUCUCCUUGGCUGGUUCCUACCAGCAGAUGGAGUGGCCCUGGCCCAUGCCAGAUUUUCUUCUUCUGGGUCUGGGGCUCACUGUAGAAUUCAGCCCUCAGUCCUCCCAGGAUGUUCUUCCCAGCACUGCUCCCUCCUGCGGAUUUUCCUGUAACCUCAGUAACUCGCUUCCCAUCCCCCUGCUUCCUACCAGGGAAGCCUUCCUGUCGCGUCUGUGGUUUCCCAGCUCUGAUAUUUGCUCUCAAAUGUGGUGGUGUCCUGGUUCUGUGUUUAUUUAUUUUGUGUUUUCUCACACCAAAAAAAAAAAAAAAAAAAAAAAAAAAGCCUCUUCCUCCAAUGCAUCAGGAGGCACCAGCCCUGCCAGGCCUUCUCAUUGGGCUCACCCCUCCCCAGCAACCCCUGCGUCCCACCCUUGAGCCAUGCUGUCUUCUCUGUAAGCAGCCUGCCAGCAGCAGCCCCAGCACUUUGCAGUGGGCAUGUGUGUGGUGGUGGGUGGGGGGCUUGGAUCCCUCCUUUUUCCUCCUCUGCCCUGCCCAGUCCCAGAUGGCCUUGGUUGUAAAGCAGGUGCUGCCUGACAGGUUCUUCUCUCCCUGUCCCUGGUCAUCGAUCCAUCUCUUUGUCCAUUCAGUAUCCAACCAUCCUCUCCAUUCUCCUCUGGACCUCACCACUCUCAGAGCUGCUUGUCCUGGCAGAAUCUACAGUUCACCCCGACUCUACCCCUUACCCCUCCCAACCCAACAGUAUUUGCAGUUUGCAAAAUCCACAGACCCAAGGUCCUAAGGGGAGUGAGGACAUGAUGCUGGGCCCAUGUCUCCUGCUCAGGGCUUCUCUCCACCGCCAGCCCUGCCGCUCCUUCCUCACCCUCCUUGGAGCCUCCUCUGCUGCUUGUCUAUCCCAAUGGCCCUGCUCCCCUCCCUUCUUGCCCUUCACCAGCUUUCUGGACACCAUGCCCUGAGGAAGGGACCUUUAGUUUUCUCUAAACAUCUUUGAAGGGCUGAAGCAGUCAGGGCCGGCUGCCUUGUCACUCUUUAUUUGGAAGCUACUCAAACCAUUCCCAAGAAGAGGGGCCUCAGCUGGCAAUCUGGAAACCUGGCCCAGGUCUGGGCAGGUGUCUCCACUUCUCCCACCCUCCCAGUCUUGUGAUCCUGUGAUGAGCACCAGGAUGGUCCUGUGGGCCCUAGAGCACCCCUCCUGCUGUAGGGUUUUGCAGCCCAUCCAUUCUCUACUGGGCCCUGGUAUCCUGGCUUCUCUCAGCUCUGCCGCUGAUCUCUGUGCCUUAGUUUACUUCUCUGCACGGGGGACUCACCCCAAGACCAUUUCCAGCAGCUUCCCAGGUGAUGUCAUGCCCCAAGGCUGGGCUUUGCCAGCUGUGACCCAGCUCCUUAGUGCUGCCCAGGAGGCACCAGGUUGCUGAGAAUGAGGUGACUGCGGGCACCAUUCUCAGCCAGUGGUUCUUGUAUUGCAUUCCAGCAGCAGGGAUAUCACCUGGGAACUUGAUAGAAGUGCAAAUUAUUGGCCCCACCCAAGACUCACUGAAUUAGAGCUUAUGGAGUGGGGCCUUACAAGCUGGGAUUUUAAGAAGCCCUCCAGAUGAUUCUGACAUGCAUAAGAAUAUGCCAACUGCUGAUCUGGGCUAGCCAUUAGUAUAGCCUGGGGAGGGACUGGGACUGGCUAGGCCAAGAACAGGUGGAAAACACCACCCUCAUCUGGACUCCUGAGAUUGGGAAUCACCGCCAACAAAAACCAACCCUAUAGUCGCUCCUCUCGGAAGAGGAAGAGAAGUUGGAGGGCCUGGAGAAAGCAUUCAUCGUUUCUUUCCCUGCUUCUGCACUUGUCUCGGUUUUACAAAAGGCUGUGUGGAUGGUGCCAGCCAGGGAGGGUGUGGGAGUCCUGGGGAGGCAGGAGGCAGAAGACCCUGACUGUUUAUCCCUUGGGAACCUCACCAUAGGCCAGAUAGCCCCUCUUCAAAUGGAAAGAAAUCUUAACUCCACAAGGAAAGAAGCUGAAAUCCCCAGUUCCUCCUCCUCCCAACCCCAGGGAUACCUUGUAGACAGUGCCAAAAAACAGCUCCAACCCCCAGCAGCUGGGAAGAGAGCCAGAAGCUGCCCUUCCUCCUCAUCCUGGCCCCUCCCCAGCCCCCGCCAAUACUGUGAACCCCCUUCCCACUCAGCCUGGUUUCCUGGUGAGGGUCCUGCAGUCGUGGGCCCUGGGGGACCCCCCAGGGCAAGGCCCAUGGGAGGGAAGGGACCAAGGGCAUCCUUGGGCCAACUGUCCACCUCUCUUGUCCACUGUUCUCUCCUUUCCACUUCUGUCUUCAAAAGGCUCCUUCCCAGGAUGGAUCGGGUGCUAGGACAACUGCAGUCCAAUCCACCAGCUCUCCCUGCCCCUGUGUCUUAUUUCAGACAUGAGAAUAACUGUACAGUGUAAACUUAUAAAGCGUUUUUAAUGGUUGUAGAUUGGAAAUAAAGUAUGUCAUAUGAACA